CCCGGGGGGCGGAGCGAGAGCCCGGGCACGGCGGCAUCCUCCGGCGCGGCCAUCGCCGGGCUGCUCCAUGGAGAAGCGGGGCCCGGUGCUGCACAUCGUGGUGGUGGGCUUCCACCACAAGAAGGGCUGCCAGGUUGAAUUUUCCUAUCCUCCCCUAAAACCUGGAGAAGGACAUGACAGCCACAGUUUACCAGAGGAAUGGAAGUACUUGCCAUUUCUUGCCUUACCGGAUGGCGCUCACAACUAUCAGGAAGAUACCGUGUUUUUCCAUCUGCCUCCAAGAUGCGGGGAUCGAACCACCGUGUAUGGCGUCUCCUGCUAUCGGCAGAUUGAAGCAAAGGCAUUAAAAGUACGGCAAGCAGACAUCACCCGAGAAACUGUACAGAAAAGCGUCUGUGUUCUCAGUCAACUGCCUUUGUAUGGGUUACUUCAGGCAAAACUGCAACUCAUCACACAUGCAUAUUUUGAAGAAAAAGACUUCUCACAAAUUUCAAUUCUAAAGGAACUUUAUGAUCAUAUGAAUAGUUCCUUGGGCAAUACCUCCUUAGAAGGGUCACAAGUUUAUCUUGGUCUGUCUCCUCGGGAUCUUGUUCUCCAUUUUAGACACAAGGUCUUGAUCCUUUUUAAAUUGAUUCUUCUAGAGAAAAAGGUGCUGUUUUAUAUUUCUCCUGUAAAUAGAUUGGUGGGAGCUCUGAUGACUGUCUUGUCACUCUUUCCUGGUAUGAUUGAACAUGGUCUUAGUGACUGCUCGCAGUACAGACCAAGAAAGAGCGUAUCAGAGGAUGCUGGCUUGCAGGAAAACAGACCACGGUUAGAUGACUGCGUUGCUGUGUCUGCUGCUGAUGCUUCAAAUGCAAACUUAGGAAUGGAAGAGGGAGACAGGAAGAUGGCAGGAAAUAAUUCACUGGAAGGUCAAAAAGCAAACGUGCCUUUCUCCCAGCCUGAGAAGACUUGCAAUGGAGCUCAGUCCUCCAACGGUACUGUGCAGCGCUUGAAAGUUCCUUCCCGUGCUUCUCCAGCAUCCUCAGAAAGCGACUGGGAGACCCUAGAUCCCAGCAUUUUGGAGGAGUCUCAUUUGAAAGAAGGAGAACGUGAGACUCCAGCAUCAGAGCAGGCAGAAAAUCUUCAGAGCAAAGGCGUGAGCUCCGAAAGCCUCCCCAUCACCGUGCAGCCCCAGGCCAACACAGGGCACACGGUGCUCGUUCAAGGACUGGUGUCUGGGUUGGAAGAGGACCAGUAUGGGAUGCCACUGGCUAUUUUUACUAAGGGGUACCUUUGUUUGCCGUACAUGGCGCUGCAGCAGCAUCAUCUCCUGUCGGAUGUGACAGUCCGCGGCUUUGUUGCGGGCGCUACCAACAUCCUGUUCCGUCAGCAGAAACACCUGAGUGAUGCCAUCGUGGAAAUAGAAGAUGCUCAUGUGCAAAUCCACGAUCCAGAACUCCGUAAGAUCCUGAACCCGACAACUGCUGACCUAAGAUUUUCAGAUUACUUGGUGAAGCAUGUAACUGAGAACAGAGAUGAUGUGUUCCUUGAUGGCACUGGAUGGGAAGGAGGAGAUGAGUGGAUCAGGGCUCAGUUCAGUGCUUAUCUACAUGCACUGCUUGCUGCUGUCCUGCAACCAGACAAUGAAAAGAUUUUGUCAGACUUUGGAACAGCAUUUGUAACAGCCUGGAAAAAUACCCACAACUACAGAGUAUGGAAUAGCAACAAGCAUCCAGCUCUUGCAGAGGUAAAUUCUAGCCAUCCAUUCCAGGGACAGUACUCUGUAUCAGAUGUUAAGUUAAGGUUGUCACACUCAGUGCAAAACAGCGAACGUGGAAAGAAGAUUGGAAAUGUGAUGGUUUCUACCAGCCGGAAUGUGGUCCAAACAGGAAAAGCUGUAGGUCAGUCUGUUGGAGGAGCCUUCACAAGUGCAAAGUCGGCAAUGUCAUCAUGGUUUUCCACUUUCACACACUCAACCCAAAGCCUUGGGGACUAAAUGCUGGUUUGGCAGAAUGCUGCUGACUAUUUCAGGUGCAAUCUUUCUCUGAGCUGUAAAAAACCCACUCCAAAAUGUAGGAGUGGGGAUUACCUACCCAGGACCAAAAUAAGGUAUAUGUUGCUUGCAAGCAGAUGUGGAAUAUUACUAUUCACGUCCCCUAGAAGUAUAGAAGAAUGGGGAGUGUCACCAUAAAAUGGGAUGGCAUUUGCUGUGUAUUGGUUAUAUUUAAAAUGACUACUUCUCUUUAAAACUGAGCCUUUAUAAAGACAUUAGCAAAUGGGGCUUGUUGCAAGCCAAAUGUUUGACUUCAGAUUUGUACAUUUUCUUGGAUGUUGAAGAUAUUUAUGUAAAGUAGUUCUAUUUUUCAAUCCAGAUAGCCAAAUGUUUGUGAAUUCUUAUUAGAAAUAAGCAGAAUAUAAAUAAUAACUCCUCUUUUAGGUUGGACUUGAGAGAAUCUCUGCAACCCUUAAAGGGUGGAACUUUCACGCUUUUACCUGCAAAUUAAAAUCAACAAGGUGCAGAGUAA